AUGGAGUCCCAAAAAUCAACACACCUUUCUCUCUCUAAAAAUAGAAGAAAAAACAGAACUUCAAAUUUAGUACUGAAAAUAAAGAAGUCUUUCAAACUGGCGAUUGAUAAUCAAGAUUCUACAAUCCUUGAAAUCAAACACAAGAACAGAAGAAUUAUGGGUGCUACAGGACCUGAUGAAGAAGAAAAUAAUUGGCCACCAUGGUUAAAGCCAUUGCUUAAAGAAAGAUUUUUUGUUCAAUGCAAGUUACAUAUUGAUUCUCAUAAGAGUGAAUGCAAUAUGUAUUGUCUUGAUUGUAUUAAUGGCCCUCUUUGUUCUCUUUGUUUAUCUCAUCACAAAGACCAUAUUGCCAUUCAGAUAAGGAGGUCAUCAUACCAUGAUGUGAUAAGGGUGAAUGAGAUUCAAAAGUAUUUGGACAUUUCUUUAGUCCAAACAUACAUUAUCAACAGUGCUAAGAUUGUCUUUUUGAAUGAAAGGCCACAACCUAGGCCAGGCAAAGGUGUCACAAAUACAUGUCAAGUUUGUGAAAGGACCCUUCUUGAUUCCUUCAAUUUUUGCUCUCUUGGUUGCAAGGUUAUUGGGACCUCAAAGAACUUCAUUAAGAAGCCGAGGGACUUAUUAGCAAAGAGGCGGUUGAAGGCGAUAGCAUUGGACUCCGAUGACACUUACAGCCACAACAACCAUGGUCGAUAUAGAAGUACCACCAUCAACAAGGUGCAAAGUUUUAUUCCGUCAACACCCCCUCCAACUUCUGUUAAUUACAGAACGGCCAAACGAAGAAAAGGAAUUCCACAUAGAUCCCCAAUGGGAGGACUAGUUAUAGAAUAUUAAGUCCUAAAAUUA